CACCGGCGCCUCCGCACCGCUCUUCGCUGCUCCUCUGGAUGGGCCGGCGGUCGUCCCUCACCACUCUACACAAGAUGCACCGCUGCGGUCCGUGAAACGCUUCCCAAGCUACGUCGUCGCCUCCGUAACACAAAGCCUCGAGGAAACAUCCUGCGACUCUGAAUAUUCGAACGUUGCGCUCUUCAUUUCUCCGAAGCAGCGGCGUCCAGUGCAGCAAGGCGUGCGAGUUCCGAGAACCUAAAUGCCUUUGAACUCGUAGAGGUGUAUUUACUUUGACUUUUCCCUUGCGGUGUCGGCAACUUGUGCGGUGUCUCAAGCGUUUCUCGUGGUUUCUCGGAAUAUUUAGAUCGAAGGCACCUCGUCAAGAUUGCCGUGAUUUCGUCAACCAUCCCGCGGUUCCGAGUCGUCUUCACUGCGUUCGAGCUCUCGGCGUCCCGGCCCGGCCUUCUCUAAACUGCCGGCUGAUUUCGUGUUGCCGCUCCAUACAGCCCAUAACGCCUCGGUGUUCGGCCCCGUCGCGGAAUACGUUUGACGGUCCGAGUUGAGCUGUUCGAAGCCAGAAGGCUUCCACUUUCUGCCGCCGUAGAAGCUUCUCCGGUGUGCAGCCAUGCUUCUAGAAACCAGGAGCCUAUCCAAGAUGAUGAACGGCAACGGCUGCGGGGAAGCGGUCACCAGCUCGCUCACCUGGAGUGUGGGCCUUCUCAAUGGUGCCCACAAGUACCUCACCGCAGAGACAUUCGGCUUCAAGGUGAACGCCAACGGAGCCGCCCUAAAGAAGAAGCAGCUGUGGUCGCUGGAGCCGUGCGUUGAUGCCGGCGAGGAAGCAGUGCGCCUUCGCUCGCAUUUGGGCCGCUACCUGGCAGUCGACCAGUUCGGCAACGUCACUUGUGAUGCGGAGGAGCAUGGGCCAGGCGCUAUCUUCCAGAUCACUGUCUCUGCAGACGCCAAGGGCCAAUGGGCGUUGCGAAACACCAAUCGUGGUUACUUCCUGGGAGCCUCGUCGGACCAGCUGGUCUGUGUCGCCAAGGCACCUGGGCCAUCUGAACUGUGGACGGUCCACCUCGCGGCCAGACCACAGGUAACCAUCCGGUCCAUCGGACGCCGUCGUUACGCCCACCUCUCGGCAACCGGAGACGAGAUUCAAGUAGAUGCAGCGACUCCUUGGGGAGAGGACACCUUGUUCACACUAGAGUUCAGGGAUGGCCGCUACGCACUGCACACGGCCAAUGACCGUUAUCUCUGUCCCGAUGGAAAGCUAAUUGAGAACUGUGCACCAGAAUGCCUCUUCAGCCUGGAAUUCCACUCUGGGUACUUAGCACUACGUGACAUCAAUCUUCGUUACCUGUCACCCAUUGGUUCCAAAGCAGUGAUGCGCACACGCUCCAACUCCGUGACACGGGAUGAGCUGUUUUCUCUCGAAGACUCUGUGCCGCAGGCGGCCUUUGUGGGGUUCAACGGGAAGUAUGUCUCUGUCAAGCAGGGUGUUGAUGUCACUGCCAACCAGGAUGAAGUGUCUGACCACGAGACAUUCCAGCUAGAGUGGGACAAGGACACUGGCCGCUGGUUUGUCCGCACAAUGCAGGACAAGUAUUGGACACUCGAGAGCUCGUCUGGCAUUCAAGCCAAUGCAGACAAAGGCUCUGCCAACUGCCUUUUCGAGCUUAACUGGCAGCCUGAUGGCAGUGUCACCUUGGUUGCUAGCAAUGGCAAGUUGGUCGGUGCCAAGAAGAGCGGCCACCUGUUUGCCAACUGUGAGCCUGGUGACCCUGCUGCUAAGUUUCACUUUGCGCUGGUCAACCGUCCCGUGUUGGUCCUCAGGUGUGACCAGGGCUUUGUCGGUCGCAAGGGGCCGUCUUCACCAAGACUGGAGUGCAACAGAGCCAGCUAUGAGGUUGUUCAUGUGGAACGUGCUGACCGUGGUGUUUGUCACCUCAAAGGUAAUAAUGGAAAGUACUGGGGCAUAGCCGAGGAUGGCUCUGUUUCAGUUGAUUCGGAUGACAGCUGCGGCUUCUAUGUUGAGCUGCGUGAACCAUCACGCCUUUGCCUGAAGACAGCUGACGGUUCUUACCUCAAUGCUGACAAGAACGGUGCUUUCAAGGCUGGUGCCGCUGACCCAAGCCAAGCUACACUUUGGGAGUAUUGAGCUGCCUAAACCGUCUGGCUACGGAAUUUAAUCAGGCUAGGCUCGACUUGGAUCAACGCAUCAACAUGGCGUGCCCCAUAAUUUGCUUCAGUGUUCCUUAGGAUGUCACUCUCUCGGCUGAAACCAUUGCUUAAGAUGUUUUGUGCACCAGUUUAAUAUAAGGUAAUUUCUUCUGUGCAAGUGAACCCUUCUCAGACAGUGCUUGCUUUGUAUAAGCUUUGAUGGCAUUAAUAGUAAAAGAUCUGCAUAUUUUUAUGGUUCUCAUCUGUUGUUGCUGUGACCUAGUUUCAGAUUUUCAAGCUUUUAGUAAUGGUCUGGGCUUCUCCUACAGCUGAACACUCAUAAACAAACUUUUGGAGGUUCUCUAUGUCUACAUGUUUCCUUGUGUUCAGCCGAGUUCUUCUGGUAAGGAAGUGGUGCACUCAUUUUGCCAGCGAAUUCUAGUGGUGUGUUUAACACACUGGUUUCCGGAAAAUUGUAGUGUUGGCAAUCAUACUUGGCUUUGCCAUGUUAGAUCUGUAUGUGUGUGCAUGUAUCCGUUGUGUGCAAGUACUCUGGUCUUGUGUACACCCGUCAUAAUCCAAGCUAGGUCACACGGGAUAGCCUAAAAAUUAAAAUGCUCAAGGGAGGCAUCUAUCAGACGUCGGUAGAGUCUUGUCUGUCGUUGGUCAUUACGCACAAUAGAUCUGGUACUCAUUCCCCACACUGGUGAUUGUGAACACCAGCGCUUGUGACAAUGUAAUCCACACCAUCUUAUCUCUUUGGUUAUGGACGUGGUUCUUCCCUGUUUGAUACUGAUAAGCCAAACUGACAUUCCUUCCAUAACUGUGCAAGACCGCAAUGUAGUUGGGUUCACCUUUCGAUGUCUUUCACAAUCGAGGGUGCAUUACUAUUUUACUGCCUAUUGAAUAGGAAAGUCGUGACAGGUGCAGUGUUUUUAUUUAGUGAUUGAUAUAUUUUGAACGAGAUAUUCGAAAGUAUUACCAACACGGAUGGCUCUUUUUGCCGGCAGUGUAGGAUGUACACUUUCUUUUUGCAGUUUGAGUGUGACCAAUUUUUGUAUGUUUAUACACCGACUUUAUUAAAAACAAUUUUCGAGUCAA